AGAGAUGUGACCAACCGUCCACUCACUGAGUUCAUGGCUCCCUGUAUUGACUCCCUCCCACCGCUGGCUUUCACCAAUCGGAGGCCUAUACCAACCAUGUUGCAUCCCCCCUCUCUAUUGGCCAUACGCGCUCAGGAUGCACAGCGGUUCAUUGUAUUUUCAUACUUUGUCCCUGCUGAGUGCCCAGUUGCCGCAGAGGCCAUUGCAGAUGUAUGUACUGGUGAAAGAGAGGACUUAUCGACAGAUACACAUCUUUCCUCAAUGCUGCAUCGAUACCUGCCACACUUCUUUAACAAUGACUCCAUUCCACCACAGCAGACAGUAGAGGGAACCACUGAGGUCUCAGUUGCUCCAGUGGCAAAAUCUAAUGUCAAGGAAGAGGACAGAUUCUAUCCUUUCUCCCUCCCACCACUUAAUCAGCGGUUCAUUGGCAAUUCAUUCAAUGUCCCGGAAACCUCCCAGCCUGCUGUUUCAGCCACAGAGUGCCGAGUUGCCAAAGAGGCCACUGCAGGCACAGCCACUGUCAAGAGAGAGAACCGAUGGGCAGAUAGAAGUCUUCCUUCAGUGCUGCCUCCAUGCCUGCCAUCAGUCUUUGACGAUGACUUCAUGCCUCCAGAGCAGACAGUAGAGGAUGCCUAUGAGGUCUCAGGUGCUACAGAGAACACUUCAGGCACAGCUACUGUUGAUGGAGUGGACAGAUCAGCAGCUAAAUGCCCUGUCCCAAUGCUGCCUCCAAGUCUGCCACCUGUCUUUCACAUUGACUACAAGCUGCCAGGGUCGGCAGUAGAGGGAACCCACAAGUGUCCAGUUGCCAGUGAAACAGCCAAUGAUGUGUCCACUCACCUCAAAGAGGACAUGGCAGCUGAUCAAAGCCCUCCUGACCCUGCAGCACUGCCUCCAAGCUUGCCAUGUAUCCGAGACUCUGACCACAAACUGACAAAGGAGCAAAAAGAGGACGCCACCGAGUCCUCCCUUGCCACAGAGAUCGCUGUAGACACAUCCAUUGUCCAGGGAGAGGACCUGUUGAGUGAUAAAAGCCCUGCUCCAAGGCUGACUCCAAGCUUGUCACACAUUUUGGACAAUGACCAUAAGCAGCCAGAGGAGACGAUAGAGGGCGCCACUGAGUGCUCAGUUUCCACAGAGGCAUCAGUUGUUAAUAGAGAGGAUUCAUCGGCAGCUACACGUCUUCCCUCAGUGCUGCCUUCAAGUCUGCCACUUGUCUUUGACAAUGACUACAAACUGCCAGAGGAGGCAGUAGAGGACACAUGUCCAGUUGCCAGUGAAGCAGCCGCUUCCGUGUCCACUGUCCUCCAAGAGGAGGUUUCGGCUGAUAUAAGUCCUCCUGCACCCGCAGUACUGCCUCUAAGGCUGUCCUGCACCCACAGCACUGACCACACACAGCUAUGGGAGACAGUUGAGGACAACACAGAGUGCUCAGUCGACACAGAGGCAACUGACGUCAUUUACACUUGGAGUGAAAAAAGUCCUUCAGUUCUGCCAUGCCUCCACUACAACAACGACCACCAACUGCCAGAGGAGACAGUUGAGGACAACACAGAGUGCUCAGUUGACACAGAGGCAAGUGCAGUUGCAUCCACUGUCAAGAGAGAGGAACUGACAGGUGAUAAAAGCCCUGUCCUAGCACUUCCUCCAAGCCGGGCAUGCAUCCAUGACAAGGACCACAAGGAGGCAGAGCAGAAAGUGAAGGGCACUAGUGAAGAGGUAGAUCUCUGCCCUCACGCUCACCAGCUGGUCCCAGAUGUUAACUCAACUCUGGCAACCCACAAUGAUGAACCCAGGACCUGGACCCUGGAAGAGGCAAAGGAUUAUUGGACAGAUAUUGAACUUGAGAGUGAAGAGAGGAGUGUCAAGGAGGAGGUGAGACCGAGGGAGGGAUGGAAGCGUGGGGCGGACUGUGCCCAUUCCAAGAGCUCCAAUGGAAUGUUUUCAUCAGAGAGAGCAGAGAGCAUCCUGGGAAGAGUGGGCAUUCUGGUCAGGAACCACAUGCAGAAAAUCCCGUUUUUGAAGAAUACGAAACUGAAUAAGAAGUUGAAAGAUGAUGAGAAAGAGAGAAAGGGGAUGGAAAACAAGGAGAAGGAGAAAAUAAAGAGGGAGGAGAAAGAGAUGAAUGAGAGAGAGAAAGAGCAGGAGAAAGUCAUGAAGGCUGAGGAAAAGAGGGAGAAGUUAGAACAGAAAAAGAGACAGAAGGAAAGAAAAGAGGAGGAAAGGGCAGAGAAAAAGAGGUUAGAGGGGCUGAUGAAGAUACAUAAUGACAUGAUGAAAGACAGGAUUAAGAAAGAGAAGAAGUGUUCUGAGGAGCUGAAAAAGAGAGAGAAAGCUCAAACUGAGUUCCUGGAGAUGGAGAGAAAGAUUCAAGAAAAGGAGGAGAAGAAGAGAGAAAAGAUGAGGAAAGAGGAGAGGAAGAGACUGGAGAAGAAGAAAAAGAGCCAGCUGGAGGUGGAACUAAGAGGGUGAUAGAAGAGCAGGGAAAGGAUGAAAGCUUGAAGAUGGAUGAGCAUACUGGGUAAUAGAGAGAGAGAGCAGGGAGGGAUACUGUAUUUUUGCAUGCAAUGAAAAAAGGAAUAAAAUGUUUUAAUUGAA